GUGCGUAACGCAAGUCCCAUGCGCUUCCAUUCAUUAGCAGCGCUCAGGAGGGUGUGUGAGUGAGUGAGUGAGUGAGUGUGUGUGUGCGCGCGCGCGCUGUCCCUGACCAAUACAUACAGAUACACGGGAUGGAGAUGAUGAGACUCUACUAGGACGAGUGAACCUUCUAGAUUGGAUAAAUUUUGGGAUCGGAUCUGAAUCAGCGUGUUUGCGCUAGGACUCUCCAUCUGGGUCUAUUAACGGGACAUAUCUGCCUAUAUAGCAUAUAGAAGAAUAUCUGCGUCUCUUUAUAUAAUGCCGACACAUAUAAGAUUUCGGAGAAGGUCAUUUCUCGGGCUUUUAUUUCUCUUCUCGCUCUCCACUUCUGCACUGUACUUCAUCUAUUCAGCUCCUGGAAUAGUUAAUGAAUACCUGUUCAUGGCUCAGGCCCGCGGAAUCCAGAUCCGUGAGAAUAUGAGGUAUAUGGGAGCUCAAGUUCUUGAGCAGAUGGUCCGCACUGCAUAUAACAUCAACGGCACAGACUACCCAUAUGAGUUUAACUUCAACGAGACAGAUGUUCCCACCACUCCUUACCUCCCGGAUGGCUUCACAUACAAGCCCGAUCAGGUCUGCCCGGAGAAACUGCCAUCCAUGAAGGGCCGAUUGAAGGUGAACAUGAGUGAGAUCGCUUUAUCAGAUAUUGAGAAACUUCUCAAGCAGGCAGAUCCAAGUCUGUCUCUCGGAGGUCACUGGAAACCUCACGACUGUCUCCCACGCUGGAAGGUGGCCAUCUUGGUUCCUUUCCGAAAUCGCCAUGAGCACCUUCCAAUACUUUUCCGACAUCUGAUCCCAGCACUGCAGAGGCAGAGAUUGCAAUUCGGCUUCUAUGUCAUUGAACAGACAGGAAAUGAACCCUUCAAUCGUGCCAUGCUGUUUAAUGUCGGUUUCAAAGAGGCAAUGAAGGACUUGAACUGGGAUUGCUUAAUAUUUCACGAUGUUGACCACAUUCUGGAAAAUGACCGCAACUACUAUGGUUGUGGUAAAAUGCCAAGACAUUUUGCGGUCAAACUCAACAAGUACUCUUACAUGCUUCCAUAUGAAGAGUUCUUUGGUGGGGUGAGUGGGAUGACCGUGGAACAGUUCAGAAAGAUAAAUGGCUUUCCCAAUGCUUUCUGGGGCUGGGGAGGGGAAGACGACGACCUUUGGAACAGGGUUCAGUUUGCUGGCUACAAAGUGAGUCGACCUCAUGGAGAACUUGGUCGUUACACGUCUAUACCACACCACCACCGAGGGGAAGUCCAGUUUCUGGGCAGAUACAAGUUGCUCCAUAGAUCCAAGGAAAGACAGAGUCUGGACGGCCUGAAUAACUUGAAUUACUCCCCUCUAGUGUUCCGGAAGGGUCUUUACACGAAUGUGUCAGUGACACUCAGUCGAGACCUGGCCCCCAUCGCUGAUUACUGACAUCAUACGAGGGACAGGCAGGAGAGACACAUGCACAGAGAGAGAGAGAGAGAGAGAGGGAGAGAGAGAGAGAGAGAGAGAGAGAGAGAGAUUCCACAGAUCCUCUUUUUUACAUUUAUUUAAUUUUUUUUACAUUUUUUUCUUUUCUACCUAAUUUUUGUACCUUAUUUCACCACAUUUUAUUUUUUAUUUUUCCUUUGUCACUCAUCUACUGUCUGUCUAUCAUGUGAAUUGAUCUGUUCUGGAAUCCAAAACCCCAACUGCUGGUUUCCCCUCGUCGGACCAAUCAGAUCCGACGUGGUGUGUCUUCUAAUCGGACUUUGCCAGGGGGAUGAAGUCACAUGUUUACAGCAUGAAUGAGAAAAGCCAUUGAACAAGUCAAUGACAGUUAUACUAAACGACUUUUGUAGGGUUUGGGGAAUAUGCCCUCUGCUCUGCCAGAAGCAAACACAGCUGGUUCUGUGUAUUAGAAUAUCAACCAAUAAAUGCAGAUUAAAUAAAUAAAUAAAUAAAUAAUAAAUAAGCAUGCACUGAUACUAACAGUAGAUGCUACUAACAUCACACGUUUGUGUGUGAGUAUUCACUCAUGAAACGUGGAAAUGAACACCCUAACAUAGUCAUUUUAGCCAUAUGAUAUAAACAUGCUCAUUUACCGGCAAACAUCUUUCGGACGUAUACAACAAAGAUUUGUCUUGACAUUAUGACACCCCUACAGAAUGACACCAUGAAGUGGCUUGACAAGCAUAGUUUCCUCUCCUGUGUUGAUGUGUAUUCCAUUAAAACAAGGGCAAACAGAAGUUGGGGCAUAUCAAAGGGCUUGAAGCUUUUUAUAAAUAGCCAGUAGCUUAUUUCACAGCUGUGAAUCAAGCUUGUUUCUGCCACUGAAUAAAAAAUAUUUUAUUCUAUUUUUCCUCAGAAUCACAUAAUAUAAACUUGCAAGUAAUAAAGUCAGAAUUGUGAGAUAUAAAUCCACAAUUCUGAGAAAAAAAAGUCAGUAUUUUUUUCUCCUCAGAAUUGGACUCGCAAUUGCAAGUUUAUAUCACAAUUCUGAGGAAAAAAGUCAGAGUUGUGAGAUAAAAAGUCACAAUUAUCUUUUAAAUUGUUUUAUUCCGUAGCAGAAACAAGCUUCCAUACAGAUGGUAUUAGAGAGAGGGACAUUUGAUUAAACAAAAAACUGGUCAUGCCCACCUAUAAGUGAAAAUUUGUCAUCACUAUUGUUGGCCCGUUUUCCCUGGAAAGUAAUAGUCACAUUUAGAGUAAUUUAAGUAAGUGAUUUUCCUCAACUCUUAGGAGAACACCAGCAUAUCAAAGCUAAUAGACAUGGACUAAAAUGGGGUCUCUAACAAACCCAAGAGCCAUAUACAAACCACCACAAUGCCAGCAAAAUGCAUCUUUGUCUGAAUGAUCACGUAUUUCUGCUCUGUACACUGGAGUAUGUGUCACAGGAGCUAGAUAAGGACCAGCUGACUCGAUACUUUCAAAAUUUGUCAAGCUGUAUUUAUGUGGGUCUGCUGGCCAUUCAAAAUUGUUGGAUUGUCUGACAAAAAAAAAAAAAAAAAAAAAAAACAUUUUGUGGUUUGUGCUUCCAGAGGGGUUUUUCCAUUAGUUCCUGCUUACAUUGUGUGGAUAUUUUAAGAGUGUUUCCCAUGCACUGCCCUUCACAAACAAAUUGACAUGCUUUGCAUUUUGAGCAAUAUGCUGCUACCUCUCUGCAUGUGUAGUCAACUCAUAUUGAAGCAAGGGGUGUGUGUUGUCUGAGAUAAAACUCUGUUCUGCUAUUAAGUUUUACAAGAGCCAACAAAUGACAUUGUUUAAUUCCGAGUGUUAUUGCCGGUUAAUCUCUUGAGCUAAAUUUGGACAAACAUUUGGCAGAAAAAACAACUUUAUUAGACCAAACACACACUUUGGGCCUCCUUCAUGAAACACAAGAAUGAUUUUUGGUCUAAAUCAUUCAUUCUUGAGCAAGUUGUCAUAUUUAUCCGACAGUCUACUUUCAAGAAACAGAAUUUGCAUGCAAAUCAUUGAGAAAUAUGAUGCAGUAGUUUACGUUCAUAAAAGCAGACUCAAUUUCUGCGUUAUCGUUCAUAAAAACAUUCUUUCACAAUUUGUCAAAUUGAACUUAAUGCAAAUGACUUUCUGAAUAAUUUACAGAGAAAUUUAUUGUGCUCGUGUUUCAUACGUUUCUGAAACAUGAUGUCCACGUCAAUUAUUUAUGAAUCGUACAUGAGGCUUUCAUUCCAUCACAAUAGCAUACUAUCAACACGCGUUUAGCCUAUGUCGUUUAGAAAUCUUAGAGGCAUCGUAAUGCGUAUUUGUGAGCGUGUGUUUGUGUGUGGCCUAUUCAUCAAGUCAUGGAGGCUGGCCCUCAUAUUUAUUCAUUCUUUUAUGAAAAUUUUUUUAGUUAAUUGUUUUACUGUAAUUGUGAUUAUUUUGAGGGAAACAGAUCAAUUAAGAUAACUGUGAUGUAAAAACAAGCACUGAAAUAUGUUUCUUAACAAUGUGAGGCUGAUCUUGGGAAGAGAGUCUUUUUGCAAUUAAACUGAAUGGACAGCUGUUUCGUAUGAUGACACGAGAGAAGGAGACAGUUAGAGAGAUCGUUCUUGAGCGCCCAGUGAACUUAUCCUACCUAGAUAACCGAUGGUGCUGAUCUCAUGGACAUUAGUAUUGUGCUGCCAUGGUAGCUACUUAUGUCUUGUAACAGAUAAUUAUAUGGGAUUGAAACUAAUCACACUCUUGCCUCAUUAACCAUGUCGGCAGUGUAAUCUAUACAUGUAGCAGGUAAAUCCUGUUUAUGCGCUCCAAGCAGUUAUCUCUAAUGUUUGAUUCUCUCUGUGUUUGACACUUAUGGAGUUUUGCGCCAAUGUCUGGGGUAUUUUUUUUACUCGUAUAAAAAGUAACAAUUGAUGCUUUUACACUGUGUCCAAACACAGUGGAAUCUGACAAGCAGAAGUAGAAAACCAAGGUACCAACAAAAUGUUGCGUUGCUUGUAAAAUUUGGUUUGAAAAGAAAAGAAAACUACACAGAAGGGAAAACAAGUCUUUGUAUUUACAUGGAGGAGUAGGCUAAUUUUUAUUGCUUGUUUCUGUACUGCGCAUCUAAAUAUAAAAGAAAAGUUAUUGAUUUUUCGCAGGUGUUUUACCUGUAUUUUGAAUUGCAUUGUGUUGUGUUUUAAGAUUAAAGGAAAUGUCAGGUAAUGUACUGUCCACUACCUACAAGUACCUCUGCUUUUCUACAUUUUUGGACACAGUUAGCCCAUAAGUUCAAAAUCCUAAUGAAUGUAUAGCUAAUGGAAUAACUAAUGGAAUUUGAAUCAAAUGCUGCGUUCACGCCAUGUCAUAAUUACCGUCAUUUUGAGAUGACAGCACUAUCAAUGGCUAAAUGAAUCUGCAGCAGUCAGGUCGUACAAGUCGGAGCUCUCAGAAAAUUCCCAGCUUACAAGUUGUAAUUACGAGCUCUACGAGGACGUGAACGCUUUUUACUAGUUGAAAUCUCGUAAUUACGGGCAUUAACCUACAACAUGGCGUGAACACACCUAAACCUAAGGUCAAAUAGGAAUUCUCUACAAAUCAAAUAUAGAUUUGAACAUUUCCAAAUGUCAGUUCAUUCAAUAGUGUUUUUAUUAUUAUUAUUUUAUUACUAUUUUUUUUUUUACAAGAUUCCUACAGUAUUUGAUUCCUUGGUUCCAAAUUAUGAUUAGCAUUCAUUGGUUUUUUUUUUUUUUUUUUUUUUUUUUUUUUUCACUUUAUAAUUAGGGUUAUAUGUUUAGUGUAAGGAAAAUGUUUUGUUUUAUUUUGUAGAAUCAAAAGUUUCUUGCACCUGCUGGGUUUAUUUAACUUAUAUAUUAAAUAUUAAUAUAUAUAUAUAUAUAUAUAUAUAUAUUAUUAUUAUUAUUAAUAUUAUUAUAUUAAAUAUUAAAUAAAAUGCAAUGCUGGUCUCGAAUCAGAGAUAAGGCACGGAAAAUCCUACUCCUCCAGCCCUGUGUUCGUUACAGGCCCCGUCAUUGGCACACUCCAGUCCACUAUAGAUCCCAUUCAGGUCCAGUUGAAAUGACAGGGAGGGCGCUAACCCAUCCCUUGAACAACUGGCUGCCUUACCUGUUAAUUUAUUCAAUAUAAUCAUGUUUUUAUUUUUUUAUAAGCAAAUAUAUUUAAAUCUUUUAAUGUGUUUAUUCACUUGUGCAUAUUGUGUAGUGUUUUUUGGAGCAAAAGAUGUCAUAUAAAGGAAUUUCAAAGAUUGACUUACUAUUAAGAAAGAAUUUGGAGCCAUUAAGUCAGACAAUGAUUUGGUGCCAUUUUAUUUACCUCUCUGUGUAUGCCAUGAGCUUUACAAGCUGUAUUUUCUAUUCACUCAAACAUUUGUUUCUUUUUUUAAUCAUAGUCCUCCAGGCCUUAAAUACUGUUUCAGGAUUAUUUGUGAUGAUGAAGAUGUUCCUCUUUAUCAUUAUCAUAUGAUCAAACAUUAUAAUAUUUAUGUCUUUCUGAAAGGUCUUUUGUCGGCCAAACGUCUGCAACAUUCUCAAAAUGAAAAACAUUCAACAUUAUUUGUAAUAUCAAGACAGCUGAAAUGUUAUGAAAAAAUAAGAUGCUGUCGUCCAUUAUAAGGAGAUCCAGUCUUCUUGAAGUGAAGCCAUCUGCCACUCGUACAACACAUCUCGGCCUUAGUGUUUGUGUAUGAACAUAUCUUUGAGUAGAAACACUUUGUAUGAUGUGAGCUCUUUUUUUUCUAUUAUCAUUGUUGAAAUGACUGAAGUACACCAAUAAAAGUAAGUUUAAGCAAUAUCUCUUGUUUCUUGUCCUUGGUAUGUGUGAGUGAUUCAGUCAGCUGAAGUAAGUCACUUAAAAUGUCUUUCAUUGCAUUAUACCUAAUGAUCAUACGCUAAGAGACAUCUGCACUCAAGUAAUGCUCGGGGGAGUCAUUUUUUAACCUUAUAAAGCCCGCUUUAUCAUAUUUGAAAUGCAAAUUUGUAAGGCCUGUUUAUAUCUACAUGAUCAAAACUUUGCUGGAAACCCUGUUGUAUGCAAUCCAUAACAUGUCUUGAUUUUUAUAUAGUAAAUGUAAAAAUAAGUUUUAUAUUGUUAAUAUUUGCAGAUGAAAAUUUACUGGACUUAAGCAUCUUUACACGACACCAUUUUCAAAUAAAAACUGAAAACUU